GAAUGUAGGCGUAAACUAAUUAUACUGGAAACUAACGGACCGAUUUGAACUUGGAUGUCUUGGGAGUCUUCUUGACGUGUUUCAUUGCAAAGACAGCGAGGCGGGCUAACGUUAAGUUAGCGGAGCUAAAAGCUAUUGCGACAUGGAAGAAUUGGAUGAUGUCGCAGUGUCGAUUUUAAGGGCUGCAAACAUCACAGAGACAAUGAUGAGCACUCUGUCUCGUGAAGACUUGCGAGAUCUUUUCCCAGGCCCAGAGAACUUUAUACGGAGAAAAGCGGUCUGGCGUGCCUGUCAUGGUGCCUCAGAAGAGGAGUCUGGCCAAGAACACUCAAAAUUAUCGGGCAUUUCCUCCUUUAAUGCUUCACCCAUGCAACAGACAUCCACUCCUGUGAAAGCAAGUCCUGCAAAGUACACAACCCCUGAAAAGGUUGUGAAGUUAUCCUUUCCAGAAUAUGUAUUGCACACCGACACAGAACUUGAGCAAGUCCGACAACAGUACUUUGAGUUGUCGAAGAGAGGCGAACAGCGCGACUGCCAAAUGUCAAAGGAGCUCAGAUGCCGGCUCAUUCGAAACACCAUGACCAGUAUGAUUGCGAUCCUGAGGGCAAAGGGGGAUAGAGAAUCACACAGAUACCCAUCAAAGCCAGAAAUCACAGCAAUGGCAAAGAGAAUAGUACUGUACUACCCCAUGCUGCAGGACCAAGGCCUCCAUACAUGGUUCACUGUGUACAGACAGCUUUACAAAAGAUUGCAAAAUGUGAGAUCCCCCCAAAAAACAAAUCCAGAUGGGAGACAUUCAAAGAGCUCUACAAAGAGGCGCUGUCUUGAGCAGUCAACAGACACGGAUGAAAUGGGUUCAAGUGACUCCACAAUCAUUCUAGAUCUGUCCACAGAAGAAAGUGGUAGCCCACGCUCAGACGGUAAAGAAAGUGAGUUAGAAGGAAAAAGAAGAUCCCAAAGCCUACCUGAAGAAGCACCCUCUACCCUGUCCAGUCCUGAUGCUAACAAGUCUGCAGAUGUUGACAGUCCAGACACCAGUUCAGCAACCUUGGCCAAGCAUUACAAGACCCUACAUUCUAUGUAUAAAAGAAAAAAUCCAAAUCACCAGGAUGUCUCUCAUCUCUUGGAUUUGGAAUUUGUAGCCAGAAGAGCAUUCAUUGAUUCAAAUACCGUUCGCGAGGAGAACAGACAUGAGAAGGUUCUAGAAGCAUAUCCUUGUUUCAAGGACGUUGGACAUGUAAGUCAUUAUUGACUGCAUGAUUAAAACCAUGGUAUCACACACAAUG